AUGUAUGCUCCCUUUCGACUUGCAAAAUCGGCGUUUGGGGGUGGUAAAAUGGCUCUUGCAAUGGUGAAAGGUUUUCUCUCAGCAGGUCUUACAAAGCCUGAAAUAAUUGCCAGCGUACAUCCAGAUGAUAAACAAAGUUAUACGCUAUUGGGUAAAAUGAGUUUAGACGGUGGUAAAAAUGAACCGGUUGUAGAGAAAUCGGAUAUAGUAUUUAUAUCAGUUAAACCACAGGUGCCUGUUAUAUUACCUGAAAUCAGACCAUUGAGCAACAACAAGUUGUUUAUUUCAAUAGCCAUGGGCAUCACUUUAAAGAUGUUAGAACGUGAGUUGCUGAGGACUGGGUCAAUUAUCCUCAGUGCUGAUCCAUUAAUGCCUAAUACUCCGGCACUGGUGAAAGCGGGAUGUUCGGUAUAUGCACGCGGUAAAGGCAAGAAAACGAUGCGAGUUAACAAGUUACUUUUGAGCGCAGUUGGCACAUGUGAAGAAGUUCCGGAAAUUUGGUUUGAUCCCAUUACAGCUCUGGGCGGAAGUGGACCAGCUUAUGUAUUUGUCAUGAUUGAGGCAGCGGAUGGCGGGGUUCGAAUGGGUUUGCCGCGUGAUUUGGCAUAUCUUGCCGCACAAACUGUUUUGGGCUCAGGAAAAUUGGUACGCGAUACAAGAGAACAUCGGUGUCUUGAAGGACAAUGUAACUAG